GAUCUCUUCGCUUGUGGUAACCCAAUUAACGGUAAGUGCCUUCUGCUGAAAAAAGUUUAUUUUCAUACAUCUGUUAUAUUUAUAUAUUUGUUAAUAACGCUGAUAAAUGGAUUUUGAAGACCCCGUCUCACCAAUUAUUCCCUUCACACCGAUCACAAUAAGAGAUUGUAGUUUCGAUUUUGAUGGUGCCAACAGUGAUGCUGAUCCUGACGAUAACACCACGCUUACACCAUUGCUUCGUCGCUUAAAUACCGUACAAAAUAUACUAACGCCAAAAUCACUACUACGCGCUGCAGCAAAAUCACCAGCCAGAACACCAACAGUUAUUAAUGGUCGACUUGCGCCACCGCAAUUGCAACAACACUAUAGCAAAUCGCCACAACGUCGUGGUUCACCAUUGGUUGGCAUUCGCCGUUUGCGUUCACCGCAUACAUCCAACGACCUUGGUGCUCUCUCCACACGUCUCGAGGUGCCAACGCAGCACAAUCUUGCUGCAGCAAAUGGUGGUUGUUGCGCUAAAAAUAAUUCGACAGUUAAAAAUUUAGCUACUCGACGUCAUUGCCGGCCAUUGGGUUUAAAAGAUUUGCAACGGCGCUAUGCAAAACCGUUUGAAGUGUAUGCUGUGCCGAAACCACUAAGUCCACGGGUUGGUUACUUGUUGCGGCGUGUAGGUAUGAUUAAAUACAAAUCGAUCUUUCAAAUGGAAGAAGUGGAUUAUGUAGUAUUUUGUACGUUGAGCGAAAGUGAUUUGCAGCAGCUAGGCAUUUCGAAUGCCGAUGAUAGGGGUGAGAUAUAUAAGGCUGUGCUGCUGGCAGACGUGCUUAUUAGAGAUUGGCUGUGAGCGUAUAUCUCUCACUAUAUUGUUUAUAAGAAAAUUAAGUGAUUGAAGAAGUAUUUGUUUUAGAAAAUGUAUUUAGUGAAAUAAGUAGUGAAAUAAUAAAGACAAAAUUG